UGUUCCGGGGUCGCUCUGACCACCACAGCCUCGACUGCAGAGUCCACUUCGCAUUUUGAGCGACGCCCCCAAAUUCCGUGCAGAGUGUUUGCAGACCCUCCGGGACGGAGAGGUGGAGGAGGAAUCGGCAGCUCCGCCGUCCAUAUACGCUACAAUCAGCACGCCAUUAGUUCAUGUCUUCAUCAUAUCUUUGACGGGGGGAGUCGGGCUCGCGUCGGGAAGCUCUCCAGGACUCUGAGGCUGCUGCAGAGAAUGGGAAUAGGGACUCAGGCCAAGGCUUGCCAUUUUGGCUGAAGUAACAGCAGGACGGUUGUCAACCCCGCGUCGGCUACGAUCCCCCUUCUCCCUCACCUCUCCUCCCAAACGCACACAAACAAGGACAGACGCCCCCCCCCCUCCCCUCCGUACCUAGCCACGGCUAUGUCCACCGCGGUAGACAUCGCUGGCCCUUCCUCCCCUGAUCAGGCCCACAGCAGCGCUAAAAUCCCCAAUGAGCCGCUGAGACCCAGCCUGAAGCGCUCCAGCCACCCCUACAGCCUCUCCCAUUACAUCUCCACCCCUUCCCCGGCCGUGGAUGUUAAAGGCCUGAUCCAGCCCUCCCCGGGCCAGCAGCGGGCCGCCCAGCCCGGCCACGCCAAGCCCCGCCGGGCCCCCUCCUCCUGGCCAGACAUGUUCGAGUCGCCCAGCGGGCUGCACCUGGCCCACGCCGCAGAGCUGCUGAUGCGCGCCGGGCUGCUGGCCCUCACCCCCGCCGCCACGGAGCAGGCCAGCCUGGGCGCCCCCAGCAGCCAGCCGGCCAAGAAGGAGGCGGCGGCGGAGGCCAAGGUGGCGAAGGGCGACGGGGAGGCGGGCGGAUCGGGGCCCGAGGAGGAGGAGGAGGACUCCUCCGGAUGCGGCGCCGACUUCCAGCCUUUCCUGGGCGCCUGGUUCCCCUUCAGCCCGGCCCUGUUCCCUCUGGCGGGCUUCCAGAUGGGGGGAGGCCACUGGCGGAGCACGGCCGUGGGAGCGGAGAGCAUAGAGGGGCUGGUGGCCGAGGGCUACUCCCCGGGCUCGCUGGGCGGCGGCGGCGGCGGCCGGAGGAAGAGGAAGCGGUGCGGGGAGUGCGUGCCGUGCAGGCGUCAGACGAACUGCGAACAGUGCAGCAGCUGUCGCAACCGCAAGAGGGGACACCAGAUCUGUAAAUACAGGAAGUGCGAGGAGCUGAAGAGGAAGCCGGGUGGGCCCGGGUUCGAGAGCAGAGUGUCGGGCUUCGACCUGAGGGGGUCCGACUUCACUUUGGGCCUGGCGCAGGAGAGGAGCAACGGAGCCUUGGACGGAUAGUAAUGUUUGUGGCGGCAGCAUUUUGUCAGAGGAUCCUGGUUGGAUGAUUGUUGAGGAGCUGCAGUUUUAAGAAAAAAAAAAAAAAACAAAACAAACAAACAAAACAAAACACAACGGGACACUACGUCAACACGCUGGGACGGUGGCUGAGAGAUCUGCGGAUCAGGUGUCUAGCGAGGAGCUGCAGCUCCGUUAAAGAAUGUCCACACUCGUUCCCAUCCUUUCUUUUGACAAUCAGUGAAUUGGAGAGGAGAGAAAGAAGGAUACCAAUGUGUGUCAAUAUUUAGAUGACAACAAAAAUGCUGUAAAUAGACUGUAAAUAUCUGGAAAACAUUAUGUCCUCUUCUUCUUCUUCUUCUUUAUUAUUAUUAUUUUUUUUUUUACAUUGCUUUCCAGGUUGGCUGUAUUGUGCUUCAACAUAAGAAGGAGCCAGAUGUUUCGUUUCUCAUGGGGAGUUUUGUUUCUGUUGUUCUGACGUCACUGCAUCAGUAAGAAAUGAAUGAGUUCAGCCUCGGCUAAAUUAUUUCAUGUGCAACUUGUACUGUAUAGCUCUGUUUGCCCUUUUGAAAUAAAAGAAAUUUGCCAUGCG